AUGCAGAGUGGAGUAGUAGUGAACAGUACGACCGCUACUGAGCCUUCGAAUGCUGAUCCUGAGGACUCUGGCAAAUAUGAGAAAGUUAAAGUAGCUGUUGAGGGGGUCCUCUCGAAGGAAUACUUGAAGAGCAACCCUUCCUUCGCCUCUCGUAUGAAUGCCCAGAUGUAUAUGAGCUUGGACAGCCUAUUCAAUGUGAAGGCUAUUGAAGACCUUAACACGACCGUUGAGGAGAUCGCUGAUGCGAUAUCAUCGUUGGGGUCGUCGAAGGUGGCAUUGGACUCGACUCGGACUUUGAUUAAGCCGGUCAUACCUGAGUUGCAGCGGAGAACAACACUCAUUGUGAGAGACGUCGAUUCGAAGUCCCUAUCAAUAGAGGACUUUAAGACUGAGGUAUUGAAGGAUGCCCCGUGUGAUAAGGAUGCUAUACUUGAUAUCCGCCCUGAUGUUAACGACCAUUGGUAUGUCCGAUUCACUACAGAGGAUGCGUGUGAGGAUGUCGCAUUAUGGUUAAGGAAUAAGAAGUAUAAUGACAAGCCGAUACAUACAGCUGUUAAGGCUGAGCAUUUCAUGCUUACACUCUUCCCUAACCUUGACAAGACUUCCGAGGCUUCCCGCUCCCCUGCUUUGAGUGCCAGCAGCCCCGCGUUCGUCCCUAGCUCUCCUGGGACCCCGUAUCAAGGGUAUUCUUCUUUCAACCCCUACGCCGGUGUGGACCAGUAUGGAUAUUAUCAUCCAGCUGGUUCGAAAGGGAAGGGUAAAGGCAAGGGUAAGGGAGGUCGAGGGCGUAGACGUAUGAGUAGCAGUGGGGCAGCGUCGAUUGGCGGUUGUUCUAUAGUGGAGGAGAUGAUUAACCCGGCGGACCUAGCAGGUGAUGAGACGAAGUAUAAGUAUGAGUAUAGGAAGUAUACCAAAAAUGAGAUACAACACCUAUGCGAGGGGAUGCCAGCGGAGGCACUUUACAAACCAGAAGGGAUGGUGAAGGCUGAGAAAGAAGUCGGUGAGGGUCUUAUUAGAGAUACUCCUAAUAGGGAAUGGAUAGUUGAGGGAAGUCCCAUGGGGGGCGGACGAAAAGCAUCGACGGCAACAGCAGCAACAGCAGCAGCAGCGAAGUGAUUACAUGAAGCCGCUCCUUUGUAUAGUUAUUAUCAGCUUAAUGAACUACAGUCGUUGGCUUACUGAUACCACGCUUCCGCCACAUCGUCACGAUUAGGUUGUCGAAGUUGUGUCGCUCUACUACUACUACUUACUACCCUCUUGACCUCUGAUGGUAGUAAGACUAGUAGUAGUAGUAGUAGUAGUAGUAGUAGUAGUAGUAGUAGUAGCCAUUGUUGCUAAGGUUUCAUCUCAAUCAUUAUACUACCAGGGAAUAGUAAUACUACCGAUUCAACAA